GAGACGUGCUGAGGCCAAUUCCUCCGCGCGCCGGAUGUAGUUCCGUCGUCGGUGCCGUGCUUCGUCGUGCCUCGAUGUAUCCGUGUCGGGAACGUCAAACAAAGGGGAAAAAUACUCGAUUCUUUCUAAAACAUGGGUGGUUUAUGGAGUCGACAGAACGCCAGGGUCGAGGAGGUGGACUACGUCGCCAACAACGCCUACAGGUACCCACCGAAAACCGGGAACUACUUUGCGAGCCAUUUCAUCAUGGGAGGGGAGCGUUUCGAUGGCAACCAGCCGGAAGCCUACCUCUUUGGCGAGAACACUGACCUCAACUUCCUGGGAGGCAAGCCGACUCCCUUCCCCUACCCGGCACCCCAGGCCAACGAGCCCACCCGGCCGUUGAGGAGCCUGGUGAACAUCCGCAAGGAGUCGCUGCGGUUCAUCAAAAUUCAGGAUGCCCCCAAGCCAGAAGAAGAACUGGCUCCCGAGACCACGCCCCCGUGCCGGUACAACAUAGAAUUCACUUUUGAUUCGGACGUUCGGUGCGCCAUCACCAUUCACUACUUCUGCACCGAGGACAUCACCGCCAACGGGAUCGUGUACGCGCCUCGCAAUCCCGAGAUGAGUUCGGAGACGUACCACUACAAGCGGGGAGCCAACCAGCAGUUCUCUCAGGCAUCCCACAUAUUCGACCCCAGCCUGCACUCCGAAGAAGAGCUCUGCUAUCACUUUGAAGACGAGACGCUACCCGUGGUGAUUCACUGCCUUGCUGAAGAAGGUGAAGAGCCACGGCAGUCCCACGUCCUGGUUGCCGUGGUGGAGAAGAACGCGGACGGCACGUACACGCUGAAGCCGCUGAAGCAGAAGCUGUUUGUGGAUGGGCUAUGCUACCUCCUGCAGGAGAUCUACGGCAUCGAGAACAAGAAUGUCGCCCAAGCCAAACCCCCCAACGGGGACGAGGAGACGGAAGACAGCGGGGCAGAGUGCGUGAUCUGCAUGUGCGAGAGCCGGGACACGCUGAUCCUGCCCUGCCGCCACCUGUGCCUGUGCUCCUGCUGCGCCGACUCGCUGCGCUACCAGGCCAACAACUGCCCCAUCUGCAGGGCCCCCUUCAGGGCCCUGCUCCAGGUGCGGGCCGUACGCAGGGGCACGCCGGGGGGUGCCCUGGCUGUGCCCCACCCGGGUGGCGCGGCGGCAGUGGCGGCAGCAGCGCCCGCAGGGGACGCCCAGAGUUGUCAGGACGUUCCCCCCGGCUACGAAGUGGUUCCGCUCGUGGAAGCUCUGAAUGGACCUGUCGUGGGGUCACCACCGCUGCCUCCCUUACACCUGACGGUUGGCUUACCGCCCGAAGCCACCAGCCCUGACGGCGCUGUCCCAAAACCGCGCAGGAGCGGAAGACGACGCUCGGGUAGCACGUCGUCGUUGCAGACGGACAGUGGAUCGGCGAUGGCUCCUCCGGAAGUGGUGGUGGCGGCUGUGGUGUCCUCGGACCCGGAGAAGGGACGAGUCACCUCUCCGGUUGGAUCCGAAGGUCGCUGGAGCCGCCGCGGAUCUUCGCGGGCCGCACCCGAGCAGGUCCGCCUGCUUGCGGGGGUCGGCGAGGGUUCGGCCAGCGUACGCCGGAAGAGGGGAGGACAUACCUGGCCCUGUGUGUCGAGGUUUCGGUGCAUGCUUAAGAGCCCUCAGGGACGGGACGCGGAGGCAGCAGAGACGCGCUCGCUCCUCGAAGGCAGCGCAGAGUCGAGGGGGACGUCCCACCGGACCCUGCCGGCUUCCGGAGCGCAAGGCAGCGUGUCUGCUUCAACACCCCACUCGCUGCACCUGUGCCAAGCGAGGCCAGAGCGGGAGAACAAGGCCACAGACACAUCCCCGGGAGCAGACGACUCCGACUACUACACUCCCGAGGACCCCGCCACCGGCGUCGUGGCAGCACCCACGUCCGUCGGCGGCCACUUCCUGGUUGACCAGGGCACCGACACCAGCCUGGACACACCGCAGACCGAAGCACCGCCGUCGCCGGGCCGCAAAGUGGUGCAGGCCAUCUCGCCGACCGCCCUGGCGGCGGCACCGCCUCCCGCAAGCGGCACGAGGGACUCCCCGGACGCCAUGGCGCUGCGCCGGAGGCGGGUGUUCGAAGACCGCUGCUCGCCCGUCUGCGAGGAGGACCAGCGGCCCAUCGAACUGGUUGAGGUCAAGGUCGCGUCGCCCACGUCGGUGACGGGAUCGGCGUUUGAGGCCAGGACGCAAGCAACAUCUCCCGCCAGGGGCACCGCAGUGGUUGGCCAUGCAGAGACCAGCGUUUCGCUUCCGGGCACCCCAGCGAGCAACGCCAGCAAUCGUAGCAGCGGCGACAGCUGCAGCAGUGGUUCCAGCACGCGUCUGCUUCUGUCUGGCGGACAUCGGCAAGGGCCAAACAAGACGACGGGGGCGCCAGAAUGCUAACCCAGUCCAGCGAUUCUUCUGGCUCCUCUCUGCCUCGUAUGCCGAAGUGACUAGACCCAGACAGCCAUUUCAUUGGCUGUCAAGCUCAGCGUGUCGUCCGCUGAGACAAUUCCCGGAACAUGACCUACGCCAACUCCCGGGACCGUGACCUGGCGUGUCGUCUGCUGAAGUGGUUGCCAGGAUAUCAUACACACCAGCUAUCGUUAUCGUGGCUCGGCAUGUCUUGUCGCCUGCUGGAGUGGUUACUGGGAUGUCAUACACACCGGCUUUCAGGAUCAUAACUCAGCAUGUCAUCUGCUGAAGUAACCGCUGGAAUGUCAUUUACGCCAGCUUCCAGAACCAUGACUCAGCAUGUCUGCAGCUGAAGUGAUUGCUGGGAUGUCAUACCCACUGGCCUUGAGGAUCAUGACUCAGCAUGUCAUCUGCUGAAGCGGUCGCUGGAAUGUCAUGUACACCAACUUUCAGGACCGCGGCUCGGGGUGUCUUGUCAUCUGCCGGUCUCCUGGCCUAAACGAUGAGAUAAGCGGACAGUUUGGUGCAUCACCUGCCAGGUUGAUGCCUGCCACUCUGACGACUCAGUUCGUUCUUAGCUGAUGACUUUGUCCAUCAUCUGCUUGGCUGGUGACUACAGAGCUUUUGCUGGCAUCCCAGCUGGUAAUGGGGCUGUUUGCCAAGCUGGUCAUUCAGUUCCAGAAAAUCACCGUCUUCACCACUUUGCCAUGUCUUCUGGUAACGGGCUGUCUUGUCCCUAAAUGACUCGACGUGUCGUGAGAGAACUUGGCACCAUCCUUCCUGGAUGACACCACAUGUUCCUGAUAAUAUCUUCAUCUCUUCUGCUCGCUUUCACCCCGGGUGAUGGUGUGACGAGACAUCAGUGAAGCCGCUUUGCUUAGGAAGUGAUGUCAAUGACACGCGACCACAAGUCAAGACAUUGGCUGAUGGCUCUUCAGCUGGACUUCAUGAAGGCUCCUGAUGACCCAACAGUACAUGGACACAAAGAACUUCUUAGCUGUAAUGGAAGGUCACUUUGCAGAUCUUUGGAGGACACUCUUAGCUUGCCCAUUCAAUGAGCGUGCAGCUUUACGAGCUGUGGGACAACUUCACAGUGCCAUGGGAUGACAUUUGUGAAGGUGUGCUUCGGGCAGGAAGUGCUUCGACUGUUUCUUGCCUUGGAAAGGUGGGAGAGGAAAAGAAACAUUACUAAUUUAAGGGGAGGGUGUACUACUUGCCAGUCACAUAAGUUCUAUUCAACAGCGCGAAUAAUCAAGACUACAAAAUGAGUAGGUAUACAGGGUGUCAGAAAAAAAAUUUACAGGGUUUUUUCACCUUUAAAAUAAACUAGGCAUCGCCGAACGCUCAUUCUCCGUUCAAAGGUAGCGCUGGAGGUCACAACCAGAUGCCAAAGUUUCAGCCCAGCCCGAUAUCUUAAUCAAAAGUUAUAAGUGAUUUUCUGAAAAUUUCAAUGGGAAAAUGGAGCCCAUUUUUGCCCGUUUUCGGUUUCUGGUGCCAUAGAGCCUCAUGUAUUUGAAAACUCCGUCGGCGGCUAUUUUUUCAUUGAAAUUUUCUGAAAGUCGCUUAUAACUUUUGAUUAAGAUAUUGGAUUGGGCUGAAACUUUGGCAUCUGGUUGUGACCUCUAGUGCUACCUUUGGGCGGAGAAUGAGCUUUCGGUGAUGCCCAGUUUAUUUUUGCGGUUAAAAAAACCUUGUAAAUUUUUUUGGAACACCCUGUAGUUUGGUUAAGAACAAUUUCAUCAGGAGCUCCUGGUAAUGUCAUCAUCUCUCUUGAUCUCGCAUAGUGAAGUAACUAAACAAGAGACAACUUUGCCUGCGCCGUGCAGAUAUUUUACAAGAUGCUCGCGCAAUAAAUUGGCACUGGCUUUGUCGUUCAACCAUUGUCAGCUGGUCAUGGUACCAGGCAAUACCUGCUAUGCACCAGCUUUGCCACUAAAUAUCUAUAUGGUCAAACUCGAGCCGUGCCUCCGACCUUUUAAUUAACCCGUCUCAAUUUAGUGUACAGUCGUGGGGUGGACUGAAGUGCGAUUGGUGGUGAGAAAUGGGGGAUGUGCUGCAAUCAUUGGCUAGUACUCCACCCUAAGAAAUGUGUGCAGUGUUGCAGAAGGCUUCAGCGGUUAGGAUGCAACUUUGGAGAAGUGCUCUCCUCAAGCAAGUGCUCGUGUAAAUUGAGCAUUUCUCGGGACUGUAUGCUUGUGUGCUUGUGCCUCCAACAGCGCUGUGUGUGUGCGGUACGUUUGGAAAACGGUCGGAGGAUGCUUGCGUGCCUGGUGUAAAGUUCCAGAGUUCUUCGAGAAUGUGUUCAUAAAGUUGACGGUUGAGAAUUUUUA